GGGGUUUUCUCUUCAGUGGUUGAGGAUGUACAUAAGCGAGUGAACUAGUCUCUGGUCUUCAAUCAUUCCAAUUAGUGCCGAAUGGACAUUCACCAAAGAUAUAAGUGAACAGACAACGUGUAGGAGCGAGUCCCCUUCGAGCCACCCCGCACCCCGGAUGCUGAGGUAAUCAGACUAGCUCGGCUUCAUCGGGGCAGGAAGUGCUUGGCCGCUUAAUCUUGCAUGAAUCAUCCCAUCCCAUUCUCCAGAUUUCUCUGCUUCGGAUACUGCGUGAUCAUCAAUGAGCCCGAGAUCGCAAGAUGCGGCGGCGCCGACCCCGGCCAAGAAGGUCCGUCUAGCAUGUCGGCGAUGCAGAUCCAAACGCAUCAAGUGCGAUGGCGGCAUUCCAGCGUGCUCAAACUGUGCCCGUGCUAAAGCAAGCUGCGUCGAUGUUGAUGGGCGCAACAAUGACAUUUCCAUCCCACGCGACUACGCCGUACGGUGCCAUGCGCGGAUCGAAUGGCUUGAAGAGCAACUUCUGCUCUUAAAUCCAGAGUUCGACCUCUCCAAAGCACCACCGAUCGAUCAAUCCGUGUUGCCAGAUACCGUCCCACGUAGAACCUCAUCGACUACCCCGACGGGAAGUACAGCUGUGCACCUACCGACGACACUCGGAGAAUCAAAGACCAGAAAAAGACCCUUUGAUUCCUUGCAUGCAUCAGACAGCGAACUUCUACCGCGAACGCCUGCGCAGGUACCAGGCCCAGAACACGCGGAGCUGCCCGCUUCAUGUGUGCAGCACGCGGCUGACAAGGAGGCUGCUACCCCUUCGGCCGAAGCACGCUCGGUAGCCAUGGACUUGGGGAUGCUAUCACUCCACUCCGACUCGCGACAAAAAUACUAUCUGGGGUCCUCAUCCGGCCUCUUCUUCACGAAGUUGAUUGGGGCGGACAGUCCUCUCUCCCCAGCCACCUCCACCUCGUCGUAUGGUACGCGGGGGAAUUCGAAACGCCGUACUGUCCCAGGUCCUUCGCCUGAGGCGUAUCGUGUGUUGUACAACAAACUUAGAAGGGACUUACCUUCGCCCGACGAAGCCAACCAUCUCAUUGGUAUCUACCUUCAAGAGCUCCAUGUCGAUCACCCUUUCCUGCACGCCACCUCUCUAUUUAAUGCCUACAACGCACUUUGGUUCUGCGCGGAACGCGGGUACCAAGGGAAUGUGGACCGCAACGGAUGGCCGGAGGAGAUGGAGCCCUUCUCGUACAACGGGCGCUUCGACAAGGUGGCUGACGACGACACAACGCCCAUCUCCAUCUUCGCCGCAGCGCUGCACGUGUUCAUGGUGCUCUCCCUUGCGGCGACGAUCCUCACGCGGAACAAGAAUUUCGAGUACCCGCCCGCCCGAUUCUACGCCAUCGCCUCCACGGCCGCAGCCGAGUGCCUGAGCGGCAUUUCCGUGACGGCCCUGCAAAGCAUCCUCCUGUUCAUCGUGCAGGGGAUGGUGGGGCCCACCAAUCUGAGCAUCUGGACCCUAGUGCAUAUCGCCAUGUCCCACGUGAUUGAUCUCGGACUGCAUCGAGAGCCGAAAGACGAUGUGGACAAUUCGCCCACCGCCCUUGCUUUACGACGGCUGAUCUUCUACACCGUCUAUAACCUCGACCGAUCCAUCUCCACGAUCCAGGGCCGACCGCUUGGCAUCCGCGACGAGACCUUCGACAUCCGCCUGCCAGGCCUCAAUGAAUUCGUCGUCGACGAAACCGCCAGCUCCAACGUCAACAGCCACUCGGAGCUGCACUUUUCCAUCCACCGCUUCAAACUGGACGCCUUGAUCUCAGAGAUCAAAAUCCUGCUCUAUCACCUCCCCAACCGCGGGAACGCCCUUUCAUGGCCGACAGACACAGCCGGGGAACAAGCGCGCAUCAAGACGAGUCUCGACCAGUGGCUCGCGGACGUGCGCGUGACCCGCGCCCCCUCGGAGGAAACCACCACCGCACACGACGAGGAUCACGCCUUCAAGCACCAGUGCAAGAUCCUGAAGCUCGAGGUUUUGUAUCAUGGGGCCAUCACGCUGCUGUACCAGCCGUCGCAGGCGUGCCCCGCGCCCACCCCCGCCGCCCUCCUGCACUGCUACCGCAGCUCUCGCGACCGCAUCCACAUCUACAACCGCCUCAACACGCAGGAGCAUUUCUACUUCACAUGGCGCAACAUCCACGGGAUCUUCGCCUCGGGCGCGACCAUCAUCUACUGCUUCUGGGCCUCCCCAGAGCUGCAGGCCGUCGUGCCCUUCAAGGAGGCCCUGCAGUGCCUGCGCGGGUGCUCCAACCUCCUCAGCAUUGGUGGCCAGUGGUGGCCCUCGGUGCGCCACGGCAAGGAGAACUUCGACCGCAUCGUCGACCUCACCGUCGAGCGCGCAGUCGACGGCGGCCCAUUCCAGCCGGCUUACCCGCCGACCGAUGGGAAUACCACCACCAACACGCAGCAACAGCAACAAGAGGCGGUGGAGAAUCUGCUCGGGUUGGCGUCGGUCGCGUGCGAUUCCGGACUCGUCGGCCAGGAUUUGGAGAUUGCGGCGCAGCAUGAUCCCGUCAUGGAGAGCUUUUUCACCGAGUACCUGCAGGGUGACUGGAGCUGGGAUCCGUUUUCGACGGGGUUGGAGCCGCUGCCCUAACGCCGGUCGGAUAUUGGACUCAGCUCUACCCUAUCCUCUCCAUCGGCCCGGCGGGCUCCGAUCACCUCUCGACAGUCUUGUAAAUGAUGACAAUGGUAGCCGGGCA